UUCUGUAAUCACAAGACGUCUAUAAAGUUUCCCAGUGCCAUUUGUAGGCAUCUGGACUUCUCUGAGGGCUUGCCCAUGGCCCGCUAAGCCAGCAGUCAGAGGACACUAACAUGAAGCACUGUAUUAAUUGCUGCAUAGAGUUGUUACCCGACGAGGCGCACACACAGCGGGUGGGCUGCCGAGGAGGCCCCUACCCCAGCCGCCAGGUGUGCCCUGCGUGCCAAGGAGAAAACAAGAUUCUGUUCCGCGUGGACAGUAAGCAGAUGAACUUGCUUGCUGUUCUAGAAGUGAAGACAGAAGGGAAUGAGAGCUGGGGCGGGUUCUCACGCUUCAAGAAAGGGAAACGAUGUAGCCUGGUGUUCGCGCUGCUGAUCAUGACCUUGGUGAUGGCAUCCUACAUCCUUUCUGGGGUCCACCAAGAACUCCUGAUCCCAUCGCCUUUCCAUUAUGGCGGCUUCCCCAGCAGCGCCGGCAUGCUGGACAGCGAAGGCCCCGGGGAUCUGAAAGAGCACCACCUUCAGUCCUCUAUGAGUAACAUCUCGUCUGUGAAGGACUACCCAAGCAUUAGACUAAUCAUCAGCAGCAUCACAGCCAGGAUUGAGUUCACAACCAGGCAGCUCCCAGAUGUGGAAGACCUCAAGAAGCAGGAGUUACACAUGUUCUCAGUAAUCCCCAGUAAGUUUCUCCCAAACAGUAAAAGCCCCUGCUGGUAUGAGGAGUUCUCUGGCAGGAACACCACCGACCCGUACCUGACCAAUUCCUACGUACUCUACUCGAGAAGGUUCCGCUCCACCUUCGAUGCCCUGCGCAAGGCUUUCUGGGGUCACCUGUCGCAUGCCCAGGGCAAGCACUUCCGUCUGCGCUGUCUGCCUCACUUCUACAUCAUCGGGCAGCCCAAGUGUGGCACCACCGACCUCUAUGACCGUCUCCGGCUGCACCCCGAGGUGAAGUUCUCUGCCAUCAAGGAGCCACACUGGUGGACCAGGAAGCGGUUCGGCAUCGUCCGCCUGCGAGAUGGACUUAGGGACCGUUACCCUGUGGAAGAUUACCUGGACCUGUUUGACUUGGCUGCACACCAGAUUCAUCAAGGACUGCAGACAAGCUCCGGGAAGGACCAGAGCAAGAUGAAUAAAAUCCUUAUUGGGGAGGCCAGCGCGUCCACCAUGUGGGAUAACAACGCCUGGACCUUCUUCUAUGAAAACAGCACUGACGGAGAGCCGCCUUUUCUGGUCCAGGACUUCAUCCACGCCUUCCAGCCCCACGCCAAGCUGAUUGUCAUGCUCAGGGACCCGGUGGAGAGGUUGUACUCGGACUAUCUGUACUUUGCGAGUUCCAAUAAAUCUGCAGAGGACUUCCAUGAGAAAGUAGCCGAAGCCUUGCAGCUGUUUGAGAACUGCAUGCUGGAUUACUCCCUACGUGCCUGCGUCUACAACAACACCCUGAACAAUGCCAUGCCGGUGAGGCUCCAGGUUGGACUGUACGCCGUGUAUCUCCUGGACUGGUUCCGCAUCUUCAAUAAAGAGCAGUUCCUCAUCCUUCGCCUGGAGGACCACGCGUCCAAUGUCAAGUACACCAUGCACAGAGUCUUCGAGUUCCUGAAUCUUGGGCCCUUGAGUGAGAAGCAAGAAGCCCAGAUGACCAAGAGCCCCGCCUCAAAUGCACGGCGCCCUGAGGACCGGAACCUGGGGCCCAUGUGGCCCGCCACCCAGAGGAUACUACAAGACUUCUAUGGGCCGUUCAACACUAGGCUGGCACAGGUCCUUGCCGAUGAGGCGUUUGCAUGGAAAAAGACAUGA